CCUUCUGUCCAUCUACGGCCACCAACCUCCUCAGGCCUUUUUGGUAAUACGCAAGUUCUGCAAGGAUGGGGAAGAACAACGAAGUUGCUCCCGCAGAAGUGGUGGAGAAUCAUGGCAAUGGCGACGUGAGGAUUGACAUGCCCAACGGCGAUGCACCUGCGAAUACAGCGACACCACCUCCCGUAGGAAGUACAGCUAUGACAACGCAGUACUCGAAGAGACUGAACGAACUCAGACGGGCUUUUAAACUUGGCAAAACGAAGCCACUUAGCUACAGAACGCAACAGUUGAAGGCUUUGGAUAAAUUCCUCGUCGACUAUGAACAAGCGCUCAUUCUUGCGCUGAAGGAAGAUCUGAACAAGAACAAGUUUGAAAGCGUACUCUUUGAGAUUCAGUUCACCCGAAAUGAAAUCAAGGGGACAUUGAUGGAACUCAGCAAGUGGGUUAAGCCAGAGAAGACACCAAAGAACAUGAUGCUGAUCAUGGACGAGGCUCUGGUGCACAGCGAGCCCUAUGGGGUCGCUCUCGUCAUUGGGGCUUGGAACUACCCCUUGCAGCUCACUCUCUGUCCCCUGAUUGGAGCCAUUGCAGCCGGAAACUGUGCCGUGUUGAAGCCUUCUGAGCACGCUCCGGCCACAGCUAAAGUCAUCGGUGAACUCGUACCGAAAUACCUCGAUCCGGAGUGCUUUAUGGUCGUCUCCGGAGGAGUGAAGGAGUCCACUGAACUCCUCCAGGAGAGGUUUGACUACAUCUUCUACACGGGCUCAAUCAACGUCGGAAAGAUAAUCUACGCCGCAGCGCAGAAGCACCUCACGCCCGUCACACUGGAGCUGGGUGGCAAGAGUCCCCUCUACCUCGACGAGACCGUUGACAUGGAGGUGGCCUGUCACAGAGUGAUGUGGGGCAAAUACGUAAAUGCCGGGCAGACGUGCGUGGCACCAGACUACGUCCUCUGUCAGAGUUCCGUCUACGGAGCCUUCGUGGAGACCUGCAAACGUGUCAUCACUGAGUUUUACUCCGAAAAUCCAAAGGAGAGUGCAGAUCUCGGCCGCAUCGUCAACGGCAACCACGUCAAGAGGAUAGCCAAGCUUCUUGAAGGUUCAAACGUUGCUGUCGGUGGGCAGGUGGACAUCGACAACAAAUAUGUCGCUCCUACGCUCUUGACGGAUGUUGGUCCGGACGAUCCCAUUAUGCAAGAGGAGAUUUUUGGCCCCGUGCUUCCGAUCCUUCGAGUUAGCAGUGCUGAUGAGGCCAUUCAGUUUAUUAAUGAAAGGGAGAAGCCAUUGACACUGUACGUAUUUUCGAAGGAUCAGAAAGUUAUCAACAGGUUCAUGAACGAGACGUCGAGCGGCAGCAUGUGUGCUAACGACACACUUGUUCAUCUCUCCAUCGACACCCUGCCCUUCGGGGGCGUUGGACCGAGCGGGAUGGGUCGCUACCACGGGAAGUAUUCCUUCGAUGCCUUCUCUAAUAAGAAGGCAGUUCUUCUUAGGAAUUACAAUCCAAUCGGAGAAGCAUUCGGAAGGAAACGAUACCCUCCACUGGACGACUUCAAGCUCUCCUACUUCAAGCAGCUCCUGUUGAAACGAGGGUCUCCGUUUGGCGGCUUUUUCUCCUUUACGGGCUACAUCAUAGUCUUCCUGCUCGGCAUUGCGUCUGCAUUCCUUCUGCGCUUCGUCCUUCACAAUAAACAGGAAGAAAGUAUGAAGAAUUGAGUUUCGCACUUUAACAGCAUCCAAGCAUCUCUUCGUGGCAUUCGGCAAGGAUAUCUGAGCAAGAUGGGGAAACACAUACAAAACGUUUAGCUGCACCAUCCGACCAUCAAUUACGGUUUACCUUCUGCUGGCUCAUCUCACUUUGAGAUAGUGUCAUCUGUUAUGUUGAUUUUGAAUGGCUGGACCACUUGAACUUGUGUUUAUAUUAUGUAUUGCUUCUGGUUGUGUUUUAAUAGUUUUGUAUUUCACUUCGAAAGGCUAACCUCUUGUAUGUACUUUAAGAGUGCGUAUGUAUUAUCAUUUUUGCACCAUUUUUUCUGGUGCGAACUUCGAAGCGUCGACUUUUGCCUCGUCUAGUUCAGGGACGUUUGGAUAAAUACGUACGCUAAGAAAGUAUAUGUACAGCAUAUAAGGGGUCGAACGGCUGGGGAACUUAAGAACGUCUUGCAAAUCAGAUGCUGGAGAUGAGAGAGCAUUCUUACCACAUUCCGAGCUCUCCGAGAUGUAUGUGCCCGAGUUUGAUGCGGGAAAGACUAAAGUUUUUGGGGAAAUGUCUCGAAUAAAGGGAUUUUACACAAAU